GCCGUUUCCAUUACCUUCCUGCCAUGGUCUCCUUCCGGUUCUCGAUGCUUCUCUGAGUCUGAGGGUUUCCGCCGGUCGUCUACCCUUCCCCCCCAGCCCAUGACCCGCCUCCGGCCCCCGCCCUCCAAGUCCAACCUCCGAUCUGUUUAAUAAGAAGGCGCCUGUGUCUGGCAGAGCCGGUGUGAGACGAAGAGACAAUCGUUCCCAGCCGCCGGGAUAAUCAAGAGUUUUGGCCGGACCUUCGAGCACACACCGAGAUAGUGAGGAGCCAGACGAAAAGCACAGACUAUGGCGCUGAAACGGAUUAAUAAGGAACUUAGUGAUUUGGCCCGUGACCCUCCAGCACAAUGUUCUGCAGGUCCAGUUGGGGAUGAUAUGUUUCAUUGGCAAGCCACAAUUAUGGGACCUAAUGACAGCCCAUAUCAAGGCGGUGUAUUCUUUUUGACAAUUCAUUUUCCUACAGACUACCCCUUCAAACCACCUAAGGUUGCAUUUACAACAAGAAUUUAUCAUCCAAAUAUUAACAGUAAUGGCAGCAUUUGUCUCGAUAUUCUAAGAUCACAGUGGUCUCCUGCUUUAACUAUUUCUAAAGUUCUUUUAUCCAUUUGUUCACUGCUAUGUGAUCCAAACCCAGAUGACCCCCUAGUGCCAGAGAUUGCACGGAUCUAUAAAACAGACAGAGAUAAGUACAAUAGGUUAGCAAGAGAGUGGACAGAGAAAUACGCUAUGUUGUAGGGUACAACAGAAUAUCUCGGGAAUGGACUCAGAAGUAUGCCAUGUGAUGCUACCUUAAAGUCAGAAUAACCUGCAUUAUAGCUGGAAUAAACUUUAAAUUACUGUUCCUUUUUUGAUUUUCUUAUCCGGCUGCUCCCCUAUCAGACCUCAUCUUUUUUAAUUUUAUUUUUGUUUACCUCCCUCCAUUCAUUCACAUGCUCAUCUGAGAAGACUUAAGUUCUUCCAGCUUUGGACAAUAACUGCUUUUAGAAACUGUAAAGUAGUUACAAGAGAACAGUUGCCCAAGAUUCAGAAUUUUUUAAAAAAAAAUGGAGCAUGUGUAUUAUGUGGCCAAUGUCUUCACUCUAACUUGGUUAUGAGACUAAAACCAUUCCUCACUGCUCUAACAUGCUGAAGAAUCAUCUGAGAGGGAGGGAAAUGGAUGCUGAGUUGUCACAUCAAAGGAAGCAGCAUUAUUCUAGCAGCAUCCAUUCUUGUUUAAGCCUUCCACCGUUAGAGAUUUGAGGUUACAUGAUAUACUUUAUGCUCAUAACUGAUAUGGCUGGAGAAUUGGUAUUGAAUUUAUAGCAUCAGCAGAACAGAAAAUGUGAUGUAUUUUAUGCAUGUCAAUAAAGGAAUGACCUGUUCUUGUUCUACAGAGAAUGGAAAUUGGAAGUCAAACACCCUUUGUAUUUCAAAAUAGGGUCUCAAAACAUUUUGUAAUUUUCAUUUAAAUUGUUAGGAGGCUUGGAGCUAUUAGUUAAUCUAUCUUCCAAUACACUGUUUAAUAUAGCACUGAAUAAAUGAUGCAAGUUGUCAAUGGAUGAGUGAUCAACUAAUAGCUCUGCUAGUAAUUGAUUUAUUUUUCUUCAAUAAAGUUGCAUAAACCAAUGA